CGCUGGCGAGGGAGUAAUCCCGGAAUUCCUUGGGCCUCCUUCUAUCACGGAUUCGCCGGACAGGAAGGCGAUGACCAUCGAAUGCCAAGUGAAAGGCGACCCUAAGCCGACAGCCUCCUGGAUCUUCGAUGAUAAGACGCUGUCCGAUGUGAAGGAGAAGUACAAGAUGCCCGUGGUCGAGCUAGGCGACAACAAGUGGGCGCUGAGACUCACCAUAUUCAACAUAGUGAAGACUGACACCGGAAGAUACAAGUGCACGGCUAAGAACAAGUACGGAUCGUGUCACGGUAGCGUGUCCGUGCAAAUGUAACUCGAUGGAUAACAAUGGCAGCUGAAUAUAUUACGUGUCUACUACAACACCGAUCCGAGUUUUAUCUGCAUAUUGAUGCCAUGGUCCGACGCACCUCGCAUACUCCUGUGUUUUACCUCAGCAUGGCGGUUUGAAUUAUUGGCGAUUAUGUAUCCAGAUAUUGUAUGAUAUUAUAUAUUACUGACCGCCGUUCUUACUGUGUGUUUGUUUUGCGCAGCUGCGAUAGUAUUUGAUAAGCAUUGCCCUUCAUUGGCGAACGAAUAAGGUCACCUGACAGGUAAAAGCCAAUGAGAAAGGUUGAGGCGCGUAUCACGUGGGCUAUUCCGGCAUAUGGGUGCCUUCUUAGCAACGCGACGUGACAAAUCUUAAUACUAGUAAGAACGACCUCCUUACCUGAGAUCCCCUCAAUGACACCUGUGCUAAAGGAUAGGGCGUCGUUGUUUCUGGGAAAGUCCAUCCAUACGUAGCAGUAGAGUUUUUACUUAACGAAUGACGUGCUUAUGCAAAUGUGUUAAUGUUUUUCAUUUUUAUUCGCGUUAAAGAAAGUGCAGGUAAGUCAGGAACGCGAGCCAUUGUAACGCAAUUUAGCUUCGGUCAUUGUAUAUUCCUGAUAAAUAUUUAUUUAUUAAUAAUUUUGGUUAUUAUACGGUAUAUUCGUGUCGGCGUAAGGACGAAAUUAAAUAUACAAAAAUUGCGUUUAAUAAACAAUGAAGCAAUAAUUGUCUGUUUA